AUGCGAUUCUCAAACAUCUUGAUCCUCUAUACGGCAGUCGCGUAAGUCGUGCCGCACGCUCAUCUUUACAGCGCCAACCUCUCCCACAAGCUCAUCGCACCCAAUCAUUCCUUGCACAGCGCCGCUUCCACUUCUGCAGCUCCUAUCCCAACGCAGGGCAAGCUUGACCAAGUAAGUAUGUGGUCCAGUGCGGCUCACAAUGAUGCCAGUGGUCACCCUAGCGCCUUGUUCAAGCGCCAUGGUAAGGCUGCCGGCAAAGCUUGGCACAGCCCCAUUCCCGGCUCGCUCAGACAGUGGGGCUACGCGUUGAGCGCGUUGGGCCUUGGCUACCUCUUUGGCCACCUUGCAGGUCACGGUCAUCCCGCCACCGUGCCCACCGCCACGCAGGGCGAAAAGAUUCCCCAUCAUCCUGUUGACGGCGCAGCACACAAGCUGAACGGCAGGUCCGAGUAG